CAAUCCCACCUUCGAUCUUCCCAUACUUAUUCCCAUGCCACUUACAACUCCAACUGCCAUUCCACCACUGUCGACCAUAACCCCCACUCUCUUUCUGCUCGACUGCUUAAUUCUUAUGGCAUCAUCUCUAUUUCUUACUCCACCUGUAUAAUUUAUGUACUAGUAUUCGUCUACGGCCCUGAGCCAGACCAGCUCGCCCACACCCACCAACAACCCUCAUCCUCGAAUGCGAACGCUCCAAUGCCGUCGAUAUAGACUGCGGAGACUAGCGAAACCCCAAAGACUCUCACUUCCCUGCCCUCGAGCCGAUCACGCCCCCGACCCGGCGUGUGCAUAAUGGUGCAGGUUCCCACGACGAGCGGCGGCUCGUCGGCCGCCGCGCGCGCCUCCCCAGCCAGCGCGACGGCCAGCAACGCCCCCUCGACCCGAGCGAAGGGCGCCGCGAACGGCAAUGCCGCCCCGGCACCGGUGCACCUGAGCGCCAUGAAGUCUGCGCCGCUCGACUUGUCGAGUGUGGAGAGGCGAGGCCAGCCGACGGCGAGCCGCGAGACCACCAAGAAGAUGCGGCCGCAUGGCCUGCAGGAGGCGCCCACGUACCGGCCGACGAUGGAGGAGUUCAAGGACCCGUUUCAGUAUAUGAAGAAGAUUGCGCCGGAGGCGUCGCAGUUUGGGAUUUGCAAGAUUAUACCGCCGGUGGAUUGGAAUCCGGGGUUCGCGAUUGAUACGGAGAAAUUCCACUUCAAGACACGAAAGCAAGAACUCAACUCUAUUGAAGGCAGCACCAGAGCGAACUUGACAUACCUAGACCAGCUGGCGAGGUUCCAUAAGCAGCACGGCACGAGUCUCACUCGGUUCCCCAGCGUCGACAAGCGCCCGCUCGACCUAUAUAAACUGAAGAAGGCUGUGGAGUCAAGAGGCGGGUUUGAAAAGGUCUGCAAACUGAAGAAAUGGGCCGAGAUUGGCCGUGACCUGGGAUACAGCGGCAAGAUCAUGUCAUCGCUUUCGACCUCUCUGAAGAACUCAUACCAGCGGUGGCUGUUCCCUUACGAGGAAUACCUUCGACAUGCGAAGCCGGGCGUCCAGGCACAGCUAGAAUACGAAUAUGGAGGACCCAUAACGCCGUCUCCAGCUACUUCGCCGAUGAAGAAAUCACACCAACACACACCAUCUAGCCUCCGAGACGACUCGCCGGCGGUUUCCGCUUCCGAGGCGCUCAAUUCGUCAUUACGGAAUGUCUAUGGGAACGGCACGGAGACGAAAGAUAUACCAAUGGUCGAUCGAUCGAGCCAAUCGACUCCCGCUCCUGCCCCUCCGACGUCUGGCUUCACUCCGGUUAAUGCGGGCGGAUUUACAGCCGUGAAUGCAGGACAGGGGGGGUUUACACCUGUCAAUCACGCGCGGCGUGAGAGGGAACCAGAGAGGAGUUUUACGCCUCCAAGGAGAGUUGUGGACAACCCGAUGUCUUCGGCCAAGAACACACCCGAAUACCGUCCCUCGAACCUCAAAUCGACAUCAUUGACGAAUGGGUUCACAUCCAACCCGCUCAAGCGCCAAAUGAGCCACGACAGCAUAGAUUCGCGAAAGGAGAAUACAACUCCACGUGACGACAGCGACGGCGGCGCAAACGGGCGACGAAGCAAGAGAUUAAAGAAGGGAGCAGUGCCGACUGUGGCAGGGUCGCAUAUGAGCUUCCUACGACCCUUGACGCCGAGGAUACCAGGCGAGCCGGGGUCGUUUGCGCCUGGUGAGAAGUGCGAACAUUGCGCCAAGGGGGAGGAUGCGGGUAGGCUCUUGGUCUGCGAGUCGUGUGAUCACGGAUACCAUAUGCAGUGUCUGGACCCCCCGCUCACGCAGAAACCGGAUUAUGACUGGAAUUGCCCGAGGUGUCUUGUGGGUGAUGGCCAGUUCGGGUUCGAGGAGGGAAGCAUCUACUCCCUUAAGCAGUUCCAUGACAAGGCGGCGGAUUUCAAGGAGGGGUACUUCCAGAAUCGGUUGCCGUUUGACCCGGUUCUCAACUGUCCGCGACCGGUCACUGAGGAUGAUAUUGAGAGGGAGUUUUGGAGGUUGGUUGCUAGCCUUGAGGAGACUGUUGAAGUCGAGUACGGGGCCGAUAUCCAUUCCACGACUCACGGCAGUGGGUUCCCAACGAUUGAGAGGAAUCCGCGGGAUCCGUAUUCGACUGAUCCUUGGAAUCUUAAUAUCACGCCUCUGCACCCGGACUCCUUGUUCAGGCACAUCAAAUCCGACAUCUCCGGGAUGACGGUGCCGUGGCUCUAUGUCGGCAUGAUCUUUUCGACAUUCUGCUGGCACAACGAGGAUCAUUAUGCUUAUUCUGCCAACUACCAGCACUUUGGCUCGACGAAGACAUGGUACGGCAUCCCGGGCGAGGAUGCAGAGAAGUUCGAGAACGCGAUGCGGGAAGCCGUCCCGGAGCUGUUCGAGACGCAGCCGGAUCUUUUGUUCCAGCUUGUUACGUUACUUACCCCCGAGCAACUGAAGAAGGCCGGUGUUCGAUGCUACGCGCUCGACCAACGCGCCGGGCAGUUUGUGAUUACGUUCCCCCAAGCAUACCAUGCUGGGUUUAACCACGGCUUCAACUUCAACGAGGCUGUCAACUUCGCACCCAAGGAUUGGGAGCCGUUUGGGGACGUCGGCGUUGAGAGACUUCAGCAGUUUAGGCGCCAGCCGUGCUUUUCCCAUGAUGAGCUUCUCUGGACUGCUGCUGAGGGUCACGCGACUGGCGGCGUCACGAUCGAGACGGCGGAGUGGCUUGCACCGGCGCUGGAGCGCAUGCGAGAUAAGGAGAUUGGGCUCCGUAAGAACUUCCUGGCUAAGCAUAACGACAAUAAUCACCCCUGCGUUAUCACGGAUGAGGUUGAAGGCGCGGGACCGCGGUGCCAUGUCAAGUUCGAGGUGGAUGAUCGGGAUGUUCUGGAGGAGGAGUAUCAGUGCUCUUACUGCAAAGCUUAUGCAUAUUUGUCGAGGUAUAAGUGUGAUAAGUCGGGCAAGGUUCUGUGUCUUUUGCAUGCAGGCAAUUACGAAUGCUGCGAGAUGUCUGAGGAGGAGCGGUAUAGGGGCAAGAAUCAUACGCUACAUUAUCGACGUACCGAACAGGCUAUUAGUAGCAUCUAUCAGAAGGUUUGCGACAAGGCGCAUCUACCAGAGGUAUGGGAAGACAAGGUCACCAAGACACUAGAAGAGGACGCAACACCGUCUUUAAAAGUGCUCCGCGCUCUCCUCAAUGAGGGGGAGCGCAUCCCCUACGACCUCCCCUCCCUCCCAACCCUAAAGACCUUCGUGGACCGCUGCAACGAGUGGGUAGACGAAGCCACCAACUACAUCGUUCGCAAACAGCAGAACCGCCGCAAGAGCGAGAAGAGCUGGCGCAAAGGCAGCAAAGCCGCCGAGGCCGAGGAGCGCGAGCGCGAGCUCCGCAAAGUCGAAAACGUCGUCAAGCUCCUCAAGGACGCCGACGCCCUAGGAUUCGACUGUCCCGAGAUCACCCAGCUGCGCGAGCGCGCCGAGGCCAUCACCAGUUUCCAGCGCGACGCCAAGAUGGCGCUCGACAACCAGAACGUGAGCGAUACGCAGGUGUUUGAGGAGCUGCUCGAGCGCGGGCGCGGGCUCAAUGUCGAUAUGCCCGAGACGGAGCGGCUGGAGGGGGUGGUGGCGAAGAAUAAGUGGGAUGACAGGGCGAAGGAGGCGAGGGGGCAGUUUUUGUCGUUGACGGAUAUUAAGGAGCUGAUUGCGGCGGCGGAGAAGCUGGAGAUUCUGCCGGCGAGUAAUAGCUAUCUGCGGCACUUUAAGGAGCAGAAGGAGGCGGGGGAGGGGUGGGAGAUGAAGGCGAAGGAGCUUAUGUCUGCGGAGUCUAUUCACUACCCUCAGCUGGAGGCGCUGUCAAAUCAGGCGCAGGCUGCUGCUAUACCGGUUUCGGCCGAGACGCUGUCGCAGGUUGAUCAGAUCCUUAACAAGCAGCGCGAAGCCCAUCGCCAGAUCGUGUCUCUCUACGACCGCAGCAAGGAAGCGGAUAUCUCGAAGCGGCCUACGUAUUCCGAAGUCGUCUUCACGGUAGACAGUCUGCUAGACCUGAAUAGCAAGCCGAGCGGCACCCUUGACCUCGAGAAAGAGCAGAAGCGCCACGAGGACUGGAUGCGCAAGGGCAAGAAGCUGUUUGGGAAAGCGAACGCCCCGCUGCAUAUCCUCAAGACGCAUAUGGAGUAUGUGCUUGAGCGCAACCUGGACUGCUUCGAUAUCAUGUAUGAUAAACCGCGGAUGCCGGCCGAGCCGGCAUCGAGGGAGCCGAGUCCGGUGGAUGGGAAGAUGCAUACGUGGGAGGAUCCGAGGUUCAGGGAGGUGUUUUGUAUUUGCCGCAAGGUGGAGGCGGGGAUGAUGAUUGAGUGCGAGUUGUGCCAUGAGUGGUACCACGGCAAAUGCCUCAAGAUCGCCCGCGGCAAAGUCAAGGAAGACGAAAAAUACACCUGCCCCAUCUGCGACUGGCGCGUCAAGAUCCCCCGCGACGCCGCGCGCCCCAAGCUCGAAGACCUAAUCGAGUGGCAGAACGAGAUCAAAUCCCUCCCCUUCCAGCCCGACGAGGAAGACCUCCUCGCGCGCAUCAUCGACAACGCGCAGGACUUCCGCAACCACGUCGCGCCCUUCUGCAAUCCCAUCAUGGCGACGUCUGAGGAGUCGUCGAUCCUAAGGUUUUAUUUACGUAAGAUUGAGGGGGCGGAGAUAUUGUUGGUGAGAGAGACAAAUUACUUUCGCGCGCAGUUACAUACUUGGUCCCCUGUGGCCCCCGACCCGCCGCCGGUGCUGGAGACGUCGAAAUCGACGCGCAAACCGAGACCGACGAAGUUGCAGAAGCUGAUGGCGCAGCAUGGGGUUGAUGAUCCGGAGAACCUGCCGCAGAGUCUGAGGACUAGGCAGCAUGGGUUUAAACGGAAGAGCAGCGAGCCGCAGUCUGCGCCCCCGAGACCGGCGCUGCAGCCUGCGCCGGGGGGGGGGCACUAUGCGAUGCAGCAGUUCUCGACGCAGCAGCAGGGGCAGAAUGGCGUGUAUCCUGGCUCUGGACCUGGGAGAGGACCGAGAGGGGGGAUGUUGACGGAUUCACCACACCAUCAGCAGCAGCAGCAGCCACGGUUUGCGUAUGAUGAACUCCCAUACCCCCCGAGGGAACGUCAGGGGUUCGCACCAAUGGGCUUCGUACACGCGCCACCCUAUGGCUCUGGGCAAGGCGCAGGACCGUUCACGGGCGCGGCGAUGGGGAGGGGUGGGGAGAUGACGCUUGAUGGGCGCGGGAUGGGAAGCCCGCUUGGGAGGGGGUUUGAUAGUUCUAGCAUCACUGGGGGACUUCCAGGCGGUUCUGGGGGAGGAAGUGGUGGAGGGGGGGGAGGAGGAGGACAGGGGGGGAUGGAGAGGUUGUUUAAGGAUUUGACGAAUGCGGAUGAGGACCCUGGGGGGGAGAAGAGAGCGAAGGAGGAGGCGGGUGGGGGGGAGGCGGGGGAGUUGUUGAGGGAUAUGACGAUGUUUGGGGAGGAGUGGGGGGGGAUGAGUGAGUGAGGCUCUCUUUUUGGGGUCCGUCCCUCUCUCUGCAUCGCCGACUCUCUCUCGACAGUGUCUAGAUGGCUUGAUGGGUGCGGGGUGCGGUGUGUAUGCUGAGGACGUGUAAUUAUGGGCCAGGGGACACAUCUGCUUUCCCAGCCCUGGUUUCCUUUGUCGUCGCUGGGCUGGGCUGGACUGGCUGGGUUGGCUUGUUUUUGAGUUUAAAUUUGGGGAUGGGGGGAGUUGACUUUUUUGGAGUUUUUUGGCCCAGUAAGGGGGCGGGUGGCAUAAUAGGACGGGAUGGUGGGUGGAAAAAGGGGUUGUAUUUGUUCUUGGUCGCUGAAGCUGUUUUGUGGCAUGGCUAUGGUUGAGGAUGGGAGCUGGGGUGUGAUUAGAGUUAAUUGCUACGCUAUGCUAUGCGGCUUACUGGCUUGGCUAGCUGGCUUUUUGGUGGGGGUGGGGAAGUGUAUUGUUAGAUUUACAUAGAGAGGAGAUGCUUUUACUGUGCUGUGU